UUCCGUCGCUCCGGCGGCGACUUUGCACGAACGGGCGGGCAGUGUGGAUGGCGCCCAGUCUGCCGCACCAUGCCUUCCAAAGGCUGCUGCAGCGCGCGCAGCGUGCUGUGGUACCUGAUCUUCUGCGGCUGCGUGGUCAACUUCAUGGUGACGACCAACAUCAACAUCGCCAUCGUGGCGAUGGUGCGGCCGCGGCGCAGCAACGCCACGGAGGUGCUGCCCGCCGCAGUGCUCGAGUGCGGCGUCGCCGCCUCCGCCUUCUCGGCGCGCAACUCCACGUCCGCCGGCGCGGAGCUGCUGGCGGCCGACAAUGCCACCGACGGCCUCGCAGCGACCACGCAGCACCCCGACGUCCUCAACGUCUCCGUUGUCGAUGAAGAACAGGCGAAACGAGCAAUGGAGCGGCGGUACCCGUGGGACGAGUACCAGCAGGGCCUGGUGCUGGGCGGCUUCUUCUGGCUGCACUGGGCCACGCAGAUCCCGGGCGGCGUGCUGGCGCAGCGCUACGGCACCAAGCUCGUGUACGGCGCCAGCAACGCCGCCAUCAGCGUUCUCUGCUUCGCCAUCCCCGCAGCCGCCGCCGCCGACUACCGGCUCGUCGUCGCCCUGCGCGUGCUGCAGGGACUCAUCGCGGGGCUGGUGUGGCCCGCCAUGCACAACAUCAUCGCUGCGUGGAUCCCGCCCGCAGAGCGCAGCACCUUCGUAACAGCAUACACAGGGGGCAGCAUGGGCGUGGCGCUGACGUUCUGCCUGGGCGGCGUGCUGGUGUCCGCGUGGGGCUGGCCGUCGCUGUUCCACGUGACGGGCGCGCUCGGCGUGCUGUGGUUCGCCGCCUGGUGGCUGCUCGUCUACGACACGCCCGCCAAACACCCCCGCAUCUCGGACCGCGAGCGACGACACAUCGCCGACGCGCUCGGCGCCUCCGUCUCCACCAAGAGGCCGCGGACGCCUUGGGCCAGCAUCGCGACGUCGUGGCCGCUGUGGCUGACGGUGGUGGUGCACUGGGCCAGCAACAUGGGCAUCUUCACCCUCAUGACGCAGGCGCCCACUUACUUCAAGUACAUCCACGGCUGGGACAUGGGCAUGACGGGCAUGCUGUCGGGGCUGCCGCACAUCCUGCGGACUCUGUUCGGCUACGGUUUCUCGCGCCUCUCGGACUUCCUGCUGAGCUCCGGACGCGCCACGCACACCGUCGUACGCCGCAUCGCCACCUUCGUCUGCUGCCCGGUGAUGGGUGUUGUGACGCUGGGCCUGGCGUUCUGCGGCUGCCAGCCGGUGUGGGCCGCCGUGCUGCUGGCCGCCGCCACCGCCGUCAGCGGUGCCAUCUCCUCGGGGCCGCUCGCCAGCCUCGUCGACCUCAGCCCCAACUUCGCAGGAAUCCUGAUGGGCGUCAGCUGCACCCUCGGCUUCACGGCAGCCUUUAUAUCGCCGCUCAUCGUCAGCGUGCUCACCUACAACAAUCAAACAACAGCACAGUGGCAGCUGGUCUACAUCGUGGUUAGCGUGCUGCUGGCUGCGCCAGGUGCUGUCUACACCUGCUGUGCCACAUCCGAGCUGCAGCCCUGGAACUCCACCACUGCACAUGAACGUAUGCAUACUCAGGUGCCACCAGCAGAGCUGCGUGCACUUACCAAGCCGGACGACGACUCCAAGGAUGCCGCCGGUGCCUAGCAUCUGCUGCUGACUGCUGCCACUGCUCUUCCUACCACUCCCUCUGAGGGAGCAACAGAUUUGCCUGGUUUGCGUGUGAUCAGCUUGUCAGAUGCACGUGGAUAUCAGUAUUAUCUUGUGAAAGAUGCUGCACUCAUUUUAGGACUGGUGCUUUCAGUGUUUCUCUCCUGAAGCAAGUGCUGACACUGCAUUUCAUCCUGAGACCAGGCUCAUUUUCUUGUACUGGCAGAGUUCACUUAAUUAUGAGAUAUGGAUUUUGCAGUGUUUUAAACAACAGUCUGUCAGUUAGUCUAAUUUUGUUUAGCUUUAAAUACAGACAAUUCAUUAAAAUAAAUUAAUAAUUUUACAUACUUGUUCUUUGCUUCACUGAAACUAUACCUUUCACUGUUCCUGUACAGUAAGGGCUGUUCAGAAAGUAAUACAAAUGUAGUUACCUCAAAUUAGUGGAUACAUGAGGAUAUUUAUAGAUACUAUUUUACAUAGUUAUCACUCAUUAAAUCUUCUGCAUGUAAAUACCGUUUACUUUUGAGCCAUUUUUCCAGUUUUGUCUCCAUAUUUUGAGUCGAAUCACGUUUCCACUUCCAAAUUUUAUUUCUAAAUUUCAGCCCCAUAUAAUGUGGAGUUAUUAAUGCAGGUUCAUGUUGUGGCUAUGUGACAUGCAAGUUGAUCUUUAUCUAGUCCAACACUGGUGCAAGAAGUAGCUGUACUCACAAAGCUGUGGGUUCCUCUUUGUGUGAAAAUGAGUCUCGCAUACAUGGUGAUGUGCAUAACUUUUUUGUUUAAAAUUACUUUUGAUCCAAUAAAGACAUUUAUAAUCUGUUCCCACACAAAUGAACAGUUGUCAUGGGUUCAUGAAAUGAACAGCAAUUUAUUCUCACAACUUCACUAAUAACUGAGUUACAGGCAUCAAGGUCUUUCUUUUUAAUGGAACUAUGCUAUUUUUUGGUUCUAGAAUAGGAGAUCUCAAUGAGAGAAAUUCACUGAUAUAAUUCUUUUAUAGGUUUAACAGGAAAUCAUGGGGUAAAAAGAUAUUGAAUUUAGGGAGUUUUGCAUUGUUGUUGCAGCCACUGAAUGGCCCACCACCUGGAAGUUUUCCAAUAAACUUGUGUCAGCAGCUUAAGAUUGAAGAUGUAAGACCUUACAAAGAUUUGAAUAUGUUUCAUGCCAAAGAAAAUGUUACGUCCUGAAGUCAUUUAGCUGGCAUUGAGAUGACAAAUUAACUUUUGUGCCGCCGACAAUGUUUAACAAAUGGUGAGAUCAAUGAAGAUUCCUGUAAACUUCUGAAUGGUGGCCUAUUGACAGUCACAUCCCCAGCACAAAAAAACUAUUUUUACUUUGUGAUUUCUUAUUAUAUCAAGAGAAAAAGUUAUAUCACAGAAUUUGUCUUACAGAGAUUUGCUAUUCUACUGCCAAAAAGCUGCAUAGUUCCAUAGGAAAAGAAAUUGAUGUCUGUAAAUAAAAUUACAAGAAUGCAUUGUUGUUGUUCCUGCUCGCCAUUCACCUACAUGAGAACUGAUUAUAAUGAAUCAAAAGUAAUUUGAUGUGAAAAUGUUAAGUGCAUCACACUAUAUAAUGUGAAAGUAACACUAGAUUUAGCUUUUCUAAUAAAAGUUUGUAAUGUUUC